AUGGCCGUAACUGUUGGGAUCGCUGGCAUCACCGGUAAAUUCGCCCGGUGCAUUCUUGCCAACCUGCUUAAACAGCCCAGCGUCACCGUACGGGGCUACUGCCGAGAUCCAACCAAAUUGCCGCCUUCUAUUCAGUCCUCUCCUCGCAUUCACCUAACCAAGGGCGAAUCUGGCGAUGUACAGGCCCUACAAUCGUUUGUUAGGGGCACGGAUGUUGUCAUCUGCUGCUACCUUGGAGACAACCAGCUCAUGACCGACGGGCAAAAGAAGCUAAUCGAUGCAUGUGAAUUGGAAGGCGUCAAACGCUAUAUCGCAAGUGACUACACCCUUGACUUCACUAAGCUCGAAUACGGACAGCUUCCGUCGAAAGAUCCCAUGAAAGCGGUCAAGGACUACCUCAGUACGAAGAGUGUAGAGGGUGUCCAUGUCCUCAUCGGGGCGUUCAUGGACACGUUCUGGAGCCAGUGGUUUGGGAUUUGGGAUCCAGUCAAGGUGCCGUUUUCUUAUUGGGGCACGGGUGAGGAGGCAUGGGAGUCAACCUCGUACGAGAACGCGGCCGAGUUUGUCUCCGCGGUAGCUUUGGAUGACUGCGCUAUCGGAAUGCAAAAGUUUCUGGGAGAUAGGAAGAACAUAUUCCAGCUUGCGGAACUUUUUGAACGAGUUUACGGGGUGAAGCCGAAACUGGAGAGACUUGGUUCUCUUGAUGAGCUGUACAAGCGGAUGCACCAGCUCAAGACACAAGAUCCCCAGAAUAUCUUUUCUUAUCUUAACUUGUUCUACCAAUACUACUGUACCAACGGGCAGACCUACCUUAAUAUCGACCCUGAGAAGGAGGAACACCCGGAUGUCAAGCGAGUUACAUUUGAAGAUUAUCUGAGGAGCCACUCGAUGGAGAGCCUUGCCACUGCUGUUCAGUCGGUUGGGUCAACUCUUUAA